UUCAGUACGGCAGGAGUUGAGUUGAGUUGAGUUGAAUAUUUGUUCCUUUCCUUCCUUUUUUUUUGGCAAUCCUUUUGAUUUCGAUCGGUUGCAUGUUUUUCAUUCACUUCAAAACGAUUAGAAAAAUAAAUUGGUGUCAAUGUUAAUAGUUAAAUCAGACUCAACGCUCAAGUUUGUGCCAUCCGUCAGGCUUAUCAACAACUUGAACAUCCGCAAGGGUAGCCGUACGGGAAACUCCGGCAACCAUCUUGAGUUCCAGGUGCUCACCCAGAUCCAAUACGUGCCCUGAUAGCGGUAACGACCAGUACCGAGCGUGUGGAAACCCAGUAGUAUGCAGGAUCGUUCAAGCACGAUGGCCAGACAGAACCAGCAAUCGGCCUACGCCAAAGCCCCGGUUGGCGGCAACAUGAAGAAGAGCACCGGAUACAGCGCACCCGCCACGCAAACCAAGACCACGACCGGCACCGGCGGCACCGGUAACGGUAGCUGGGGACCGCAUUUCAAGAAUCGGGACCAUUUCGUCAGCAUGCACUUCUCGUAGAAAUGUGUGUCCGGAACCCACCUUCAGUUACCUCAGUUGCCGCCGCCGCCGCAACCCGCAAUUGGUAGGCAGUAGUGUGCGCGUCUCUUUUUAGUGGCCGACGGCGGUGUUUUCAAAUUCUAUUCCUAUUUGCGUGUGCAGUAUGGAGAGUUGAUGUUUUUGUUAAUAAAACCCACUAUUAAAUUAUUCAUAGCUUGAAUAAGGCGGUGCAAAACA